UUCCUCCAGAUGAUCCUGUCAUUAUGGGGGGUCCCAUCAUCAGCCUGAGAGCAGGAGACCCCCUCAACCUGACCUGCCAUGCAGACAAUGCCAAGCCAGCAGCCUCCAUCAUCUGGAUGCGGAAAGGAGAAGUCAUCAAUGGAGCCACCUACUCCAAGACACUUCUCCGUGAUGGCAAGAGGGAGAGCAUCAUGAGCACCCUUUUCAUCGCCCCCUCUGAUAUUGAGAAUGGGGAGAGCAUCGUCUGCCGUGCUACUAACAAAGCCAUUCCCAGUGGGAAGGAGACCUCGGUCACCAUUGAUAUCCAGCACCCACCCCUGGUGAACUUGUCUGUGGAGCCACAGCCGGUGCUUGAGGAUAACACUGUGAAGUUCCACUGUUCUGCCAAGGCCAACCCUGCUGUCACCCAGUACAGGUGGGCGAAAAAGGGCCAGGUGAUAAAAGAAGCAUCCGGUGACUUCUAUGAAACCAUCGUGGAUCACACCUUCUUCUUUGAGCCCGUCUCCUGCGAAGUCACCAACGCACUGGGCAGCACAAACAUCAGCAGGACUGUGGAUGUCUACUUUGGGCCCAGGAUGGCAACAGAACCACAGUCCCUGCUGGUUGAUCUGGGCUCAGAUGCAGUCUUCAACUGUGCCUGGACUGGGAACCCAUCUCUCACCAUCGUCUGGAUGAAGCGAGGCUCAGGAGUGGUCCUGAGCAAUGAGAACAAGCUGACCCUCAAGUCCGUCCGCCAGGAAGAUGCUGGGAAAUACGUGUGCCGAGCCGUGGUGCCGCGGGUGGGCGCAGGCGAGCGGGAGGUGACACUCACCGUCAAUGGGCCACCCAUCAUCUCCAGCACCCAGACACAGCAUGCCCUGCACGGCCAGAAAGGGCAGAUCAAGUGCUUCAUCCGCAGCACCCCACCACCAGACCGAAUUGCUUGGUCCUGGAAGGAGAACGUCCUGGAGUCUGGGACAUCUGGACGCUACACAGUGGAGACGGUGAGCACGGAUGAGGGUGUGAUCUCCACGCUGACCAUCAGCAAUAUUGUCCGGGCUGAUUUCCAAACCAUUUACAACUGCACUGCCUGGAACAGCUUCGGCUCCGACACGGAGAUCAUCCGGCUCAAAGAGCAAGGUACGGAAAUGAAAUCAGGAGCUGGUAUUCAAGCAGAGUCGGUGCCGAUGGCGGUUAUCAUCGGAGUGGCCGUGGGGGCCGGCGUGGCGUUCCUGGUGUUGAUGGCCACCAUUGUUGCCUUCUGCUGUGCCCGCUCCCAGAGGAAUCUCAAAGGUGUGGUUUCUGCCAAGAAUGAUAUCCGUGUGGAGAUCGUGCACAAGGAGCCAGCCUCGGGCAGGGAGACAGAGGAGCACCCCACCAUCAAGCAGCUGAUGAUGGACCGGGGGGAGUUCCAGCAGGACUCGGUGCUGAAGCAGCUUGAGGUGCUCAAGGAGGAGGAGAAGGAGUUUCAAAACCUGAAGGACCCCACCAACGGCUACUACAGCGUGAACACCUUCAAGGAGCACCUCGUGGGCGGACCGCCCCGCCUCUACGACGACAGCCAGCGCUUCGUGCUGGGCAUGGGCAGCAGCUCCAUCGAGCUGUGCGAGCGCGAGUUCCAGCGCGGCUCCAUGAGCGACAGCAGCUCCUUCCUCGACACCCAGUGCGACAGCAGCAUCAGCAGCAGCGGCAAGCAGGACGGCUACGUGCAGUUCGACAAGGCCAGCAAGGCUUCCGCCUCCUCCUCCCACCAUUCCCAGUCUUCUUCCCAAAACUCA